GCGCCUUCCGCGACUUGGUUACAAGUCAGCGCAUUAACCAAAAAAGCGCCGCACGCAUAUCAACUCUUCAGAUCGGAGUUUGAUUUGAUUUUUUUUUUUUUCCCAACUUUCUACUUUUGUUUUUGUUUUUAUUUAUUUUUGUUUGUUUACCUUCUGUUCUAGCAACGACACCGGUUGCCGGCCCCGGCGUGUGCGGUUCCCGAAAGCAUGUUCAACAAACUGAUGGAUGACGAGGAAGAGUUGCAGCCGAGUCCAGAUGUGCACACGCCGAAUUUAGCCCCUUCAACGAGACCCACGAGGAAAGCGACCGGUCCGUACCGCACGGCCACCAUCUGCCUGGCGACGCUGUGCGCCGUCCUCCUCGUCGCCAUCGUCGCUGUCACCGCGCACCACAAGAACAAAGGAACCGGAGGCGGCGCGGCGAAGCCGGACAUGCAGACGGGCGACGUGGACGCCCAGAACGCCGUCAUCAGCCAGCUGCGGCAGGAAAAGGGCGAGCUGCAGAAGAAACUUGACGCCAUGAUCACGGCGGCGGGUCACCGUGCGACCGCCUCGCCCGACAUGUGCCCGCCAGACUGGGCCUUCUUCAACUCCAGCUGCUACUUCAUGUCGAGAGUGUCCAGGAGUUGGUCCGAGGCCAAGGAAACCUGCGAGAGCAAACAAGCCCACCUGGCCAUCAUCCUCACGCCCGAAGAGCAAACGUUCGUGUGGGAGCUGCUUCCGCGGGGCCACUGGAACGCUUACUGGAUCGGAGUCACCGACGGCCACACGGAGGACCGCUGGGUGUGGGUGGACGGCACCGAGCUGGUCGGCGGGUUCUGGGAGGAAGGCGAGCCCAACAACCACAUCGACGAGGACUGCGGCUACAUUGUGAAGACGGUGGUGUUGGAGCGGGUGGCGGUGCGCAGCUGGUACGACGCCCCCUGCGACAUGUACCGCCCCUUCAUCUGCGAGAAGGAGCUGGGCGCCGCCCGCUGACACCGGACCGGAUCGGAUCGGAUCGGGAUGAUAAAGUAGGACUAAUUUGUACUGGCCGGGGUGCGCUCCAUUUGCCCCACCCGGACGUCCGACUUGUUCUGGGGGGGGGGGAACGUGACGAUAACUCCACUAGCUACUAUUUUGUUUCCACGUUCCACAUAUUUUUGACAUUUUGCCACAAAUUAAUAUUUUGUGUGCAUGAUAUACACAUUUUUGUAUUUUGUUGCAACAAUUUACCCACCCCCCCAGAAAAAAAAUUACCAAUUUCAUAUUGUAAAUAACCACAGUACAUCAUUUUUUAUGGUUUUUUUUGUAUGCUACUCUUUCUUUAAAAAAAAAAUCAUAUGUAAAUCUUCAAUAAAAAUGUUUUUUUUUAACAUUAAUACCAUUUUACUAUCCAUUUUUCAAUGCAUUUUUUCAUCAUUUUUCCUUCAUUUGUGCUCAGCGAGGUCCGCGUCAGGGUUGCUGGGCCUCGGUGGGAUCAGGGGAGGUCUUGUGGACCCUCUUUCACACCGAGCUGGUACCCCUUGUGGAACCAAGAACCAAAACCAGCUCCAGAAACCAGAGGGUCCUCGGUUUUGGUUUCAUGUCAUGUGAUCUGAUCUCAGCUCCCAUAAAUUGACUUUUAAGAUCAGGAUUUCUCGAAAGCUCCUGGACCUCCUAGAUAGUUCCAUGAGAAUCCCU